AUGACUUGGAAAGUAUAUGGCAUCAAGAGCCUGUUCCUUGGCAAGCACUCGGGCUACAAGAACCAGGGGGACAAUGCAGUGGCCAUGGGCAUAGGUACCCGCGCCGGCUACGUGAACCAGGCUCCGUACAGCGCCGGGUCCUUUGUUGUAAAGCCCGUGCGCAAUGCCUCUGGUGUGCACGAGCUGUACUACAACCCGCAGACGGGUGAGGUGACGUACACAUCGUCGUCCAGCGUGACCAAGAACCUGUGUGCCGAGAUACCAGUCACCAAGAUUGAUGAGCUGCUUGCGGGGGUCCGCCGGCUGCACCUGAGGCAGUUUACGUUCAAAGAGCCACGCGUCGACCAUGACAAGGAGGGUAAGCAUGUCUCGGUCGAGGAGUCCCACUACGGGUUCCUUGCCGAGGACGUGAUGGCCGUGGCUAGGGAGCUAGCGGUUGUGGGCGCCGACGGCGAGGCCGCCGAUAUUAAGUGGAAGGACCUGACUGCGCUGCUGCUGAUAAAAACAAACCGGCUCGAGGCCGAGAUAGUGUCGCUGCACGAGAAGCUUGCUCCCAAGAAGCGGGCGAAGAAAACCUCUGCCUAA